AUGGACGGUGCUCGCCCGCUGGUCCCCGAGACGGUGCGCCCCACCGUCAGGCUGGACGCCCCGGUCGCCGACCAGGGCCUCCAGGCACCAGGCCAGCACCUCGAUCAGGUGUCGGUGGUGAUGAAGUUCGGCGGCUCCUCGGUGGCCAACGCGGAGCGGUUGCGUGAGGUGGCCUCCAUCGUGUGCAGCUUCCCGGACCACCUGCCCUGCGUGGUGCUGUCUGCCAUGGGCAAGACCACCAACCUGCUGCUGCAGGCGGGGGAGGUGGCGCUGCACACGCCGGCGGGGGAGGUCGGGGCGCUCGCCCCCCUGGCCGCCAUCCGCGACCUGCACCUGGCCACCGCCGCCGAGCUGGGCGUGGACGCGCAGGCCGUGCGGGGCGUGGAGACGCUGCUGACCCAGCUGGAGCAGCUGCUGGUGGGCAUCUCCAUCAUGCAGGACCUGACCCACCGCGCGCGCGACUCGCUCGUCUCCUUCGGCGAGCGCCUCUCCACGCGCCUCUUCGCCGCCUACCUGCGCGCCCAGGGCGUCCCCGCGCGUCAGCACGACGCCUUUGACAUCGGCGUCAUCACCACCGACGUCUUCACCUCGGCGGAGGUGGACUACGAGGCCUCGCUGCCCGCGCUGCGAGAGGCGCUGCGCCUGCCCGGGUCCGGGGGUCCCCGCCCGCUGCCCAUCGUCACGGGGUUCCUGGGUCGCGGGCGGGGGUCGGGGGCCAUCACCACGCUGGGCCGCGGCGGCUCCGAUCUGACCUGCACCCUGCUGGGCGCGGCGCUGGGCCUGCCGGAGGUCCAGGUCUGGAAGGACGUGGAUGGCGUGCUCACCUCCGACCCGCGCAUCAUCCCCGCCGCGCGCCCCGUGGCCCAGCUCACCUUCGAGGAGGCCACCGAGCUCGCUUUCUUCGGGGCCACCGUGCUGCACCCGCAAGCAAUGCAGCCCGCCCAGGAGGUGGGCGGCAUGGGCGUACGCGUGAAGAACAGCUACAACAGGCUGGCCCCUGGCACGCUGAUCAGCGCGGAACGCGACAUGGCCGACGCGCUGUGUACGGCCAUCGUACUCAAGUCCAACGUGACCAUGGUGGACAUCUCCUCCACCCGCAUGCUGGGCCAGUACGGCUUCCUGGCCCGUGUGUUUGAUGUGUUCGCGCGCCAGAAGCUGUCGGUGGACGUGGUGGCCACCAGCGAGAUCUCGGUGUCCCUCACCCUGGACCCGGCACGAACGCUGUGGGAGCGCGACCUGAUUGAGGACGAGCUGGAGGGCCUGAUGGCGGCCUUUGCCGGCAUCGCCAAGGCCAGCUACCGCCGCGGCAUGUCCAUCAUCUGCCUCAUCUGCAACGUGCAGCGCACCUCCACCAUCCUGGAGCGCGUCUUCAACGUGCUGGGCCGGGAGGCGGUGAACGUGCAGAUGAUGUCGCAGGGCGCCUCCAAGACCAACAUUAGCCUGAUCGUGAGGGAUGGGGAGGCGCCGCGCGCCGUCGCCGCCCUCCACGCCGAGUUCUUCGAGUAG